UCGUCGUCUUACAUGACUAGCCAAAGUAAACAACGAGUUAACAAAACAAACGACUGUCCGGAAGGAAAACUCAACUAGAAUUUUUUUUGAAGAAAUCACUUUUAAGACAUGAGCUACAUAUUAGUAUUGGUUAAUGCUAUUGUUGUAGUACUGAUGGCCAUGUACGUGUACGAGAAUGAAAGAAGAAUGGGGGAAAUUUUAGCCAAGCUUGAUCGAACAGUGCAAACUGUCAACAGUAAUUUAGAAGGAGAGCUAAGUUCAAUUCGUUCAGCCAUAAAUCGUGUAGAAAGUCGUCAGACAUCAAUGUCCUCUGACACCAGCAGUGCUUUCAGCCGUCUUACAGAAAAUGUGAAAAGAGUGCAAACUGUCAACAGUAAUUUAGAAGGAGAGCUAAGUUCAAUUCGAUCAGCCAUAAAUCGAGUAGAAAGUCAUCAGACAUCAAUGUUCUCUGACAUCAGCAGUACUUUCAGCCGUCUUACAUUAAAUGAGAUAAGAGGCUAUGUUGGAUGUUUCGUGGACGACAGCAAUCGAUUGCUGAAGCAUAAGUUAAUGGUCUUAGACCGGAUUACUUUAGAGAAAUGCAGACAUCACUGCAGGGGAUACAGAUACCUUGGAUUACAGCAUGGUCAAUGGUGCGUUUGUGGAGACAGUCUCCAUAGGCCAGGAUAUCCCCAAGCAUCUGAAUUGCUAUGCAACACGCCAUGUACAGGGGAAAUAACAAGGAUGUGUGGCGCGGCAUGGAAAAAUUCCAUCUAUGAAGUUUGAGUUCAUCUUAAAAGCAACGACGUCAUAUUACAGUUGAUAUGCCUCGUCAUAAAUAAAUAAUAAAUCAAAAACUUGAUUUUAUUAUUAUAGUUUGAG